AUGGCCAAGACUCUAAAGGUUUCAUUUUUUUAAAAGUAUUUUUGUUGUGGAACCUCUUCAGAUAUCUAAGAACCAAAAACAGCAACAAACACAGAUAUUGUAACAACUACAAUAUCUGAAUAUUUGAAAUCGAAUGAGAAGGAUCCUUCCUUGUAUUAUCUAUACUUCGUGGAUGGUUGUUAUUAGGACAAGGUGAGAAAGAUUAAAACAUAGCAUCCUCUUAAAGAUUUGUUAAUUAGUGAGACCCUUACAGAAAUUGCACAUCUUUCAUGUCCAAUAUGUUUCAGAUAUUUUAAUUGUAAAUUUGAAUUAUUAGUAUUUUAAGACAUAUUAACGUCAUGUUGUUGUAUCAAUCAGAUUUGCCAUAUAUGUGCCUUAGAGUUUUAACGAUAAAAGUGUCACUUCUGUUUGAAUGAGAUUUGCACAUAUAACGACGCCGAUGCAACAACAUAAAAAAUAUAUACAGAUUCAUAGGGAAUGCAAUUAAUAGCUUUGAAAUUACAAAAACAUUGA